AUGGCCGGAUCGCAACUCAAGAAUUUGAAACGGACCUUGAAGGAAAAUGGCUUAACCGGUCAGGCUAAUGUCAAAGGAUCCAAGAAUGCUAAGAAAAAACCAAGAGAGCACGAUCGUGAGGAAAGGGCCAAAGUGAUCGCUAAAAUCCGUGAGCAAUUCAAUCCAUUUGAGAUUAAGGUUAAUCGUAAUAAGAAAGAGGCAGCUGGCUCUAAAAAUGAUAAAAAACCAGUUGGUAAGCCUGGUAUUUCGAAACAAAUCGGAGAAGAUCAGAGACGACAGGCUUAUGAGUUGAGAAAUUCAAGGAAGAACAAAAAUGGUGGAAUAGUUGAUAGACGUUUUGGUGAAAAAAAUAAGCACCUGAGUAGUGAAGAAAAGAUGUUGGAGCGUUUUACGAGAGAAAGACAACACCAGUCAUCCUCGAAGAAAUCCUUAUUCAAUUUGGACGACGAUGAGGACGACGACAUAUAUGGCGAAAAAUUGACCCAUUAUGGUAAGUCUUUGGCUCUAGAAGAUGAUUUUGAUGAGGGAGACUUGGGGCUAAGCGAUGACAAUGACGGUGUCACCAAAAGUUCUAAAUCGAAAUGGAGCGAGCAUUUCGCUUCUGAAGAUGAACAGCCCAGAAAGAAAACAAAGGCAGAGGUGAUGCAAGAAGUGAUUGCUAAAUCCAAGUUUUAUAAGCAUGAAAGACAAAAGGCUCAGGAGGAGCUUGAAGAUCAAAUUGGGGAUUUGGAUGAAGAUUUCGAGGAUGUUAUGUCGGCUCUUAAUGCGCUACCCAAGAAAAAGCUCCCAGUUCAGGCUGACGAUGUCGACAAGGGAUAUGAUAUUAAGGUAAAGGAGUUGAAUCUCGAGAGAAGAGCGGCACCUGCUGAUCGUACUAAGACUGAAGAAGAAUUGAGAAAAGAAGACGAAGAAAGACGCCAAAAGCUCGAACAGGAUCGAAUCAAUAGAAUGAGCGGCAUGGUCAACUUUGAAGAUGAAAGGGGUGUGGAAGAUCUUGAUGACGGUUUUUGGGGCGGUGAUGAUUCCGAAGAGGAAAUGUAUGGAGAAGAUGAGGACGAUCUGGUCAACUCAGAUAAUGAUGUGCCGCUCAGUGAUGAUGAGCACAAAGGACAUGUUCAUACAAAGGCUUCUUCAGCAAUUCCAUGUCCUUCAAGUCAUGCGGAGCUCCUUGGCUAUCUCGAAGAUUAUCCUUUUGAAGAGCAUCCAAAGUUAGUCAAAAAUAUUAUCAGAAAAUAUCAACCAAGGUUUGCAGAAGGGAAUAAUACAAGAUUAGGCGUAUUUACCGGUAUCUUGUUGAAGCACAUACUAUUUCUUUCGACAAGCUAUGAUGCGAAAGAUGUCCAGAGUGUAAAAGAUGUCGAGAAUUCGAUGAUUACAACUCUCAAGGUCCUUUCUGAAAAGUAUAAUGAACCUCUAUCGAUCACCUGUCGAGAAAUAAUCGAAGAUAUGCAAGAAAGAUUCAAAAGUCAACAAUAUUAUGGUUUGAAGGCUUCGGAUUUGGUGUUUUUCACUCUUGUGGGAUGUUUAUUUUCGACAUCUGAUCAUUAUCACCUGGUAGUAACACCGUGCAGUAUCUUGAUUGGUGAAUUUUUGGAGCAAAUAAAACUGAAUACUUUCCAAAAGCUGAUAUUCUGUGCGGUAUUGGCUAGAAUUUCAUUACAGUAUCAGAGAAUAAGCAAGAGGUUUGUUCCUGAGUUGGCUUAUUUCUUUGAGAAAUCGUUAAUCUCAUUGUUGCCUUCAACGAAUGAUGUCAACAAAGCAAAAAGGUUUUCUGAGCAGAACACCGAAUCAUGCCCUUUGAAUUUGCCUGAACAAUUUGACUUUGAAAGCAUGCCACAACUAAACUUAAAUCUGCGUAUGCUUUUCAAGAGUGAUUUCGAAUUCACAGACGAAGUUAAAGUAGCACUCCUCUUCAAUAUUUUGGAGAGUUUAGACCAAGUUUUAUGCAAUAUCUGGAAAGAAUUAUCUGCUUUCAAAGAGCUUGUACUUCCAUUUAAGCCCAUUCUUGAGGAGUAUGUUGCAAAAUUUCCAAGUCUUGAGAAAGCAAAAGGAAUUCUCGAGAAGAUUGAGAGGCUUGAGAGGUUUCAGGAGCAUUAUCCCUUAUCGUUACAAAACCAUAAACCGGUUAGUAUUCCCACGUAUGCUCCAAAGUACGAGGACAAUUUCAACCCAGAAAAGAAAUCUUACGAUCCUGACAGAUCAAGAAAUGAACUUAACAAGAUGAAGGCGCAAAUCAAGAAAGAGCGCAAGUUCACCAUGAAAGAGAUCCGUAAAGAUACCAAAUUCGAAGCUCGGAAGCAGAUUGACGCAAAGAAGAAAGAACAAGAAGAAUACCAUGCGAAGAUGGCGCGCAUCAUCAAUACUAUCAGCACAGAAGAAGGCAGGGAAAAAAGUAAAUAUGAGCGGGAGAAAAAGCUGCGUAGUAGCAAAAAAUAA